AUGACCGCGGCCACCGCGCCGUCCCCAUCACCUGCACCUCAACACGCACAUACGCCUACACGCCAGUCGCCCAUCGCAUCCGACGCAUCCUCGUCGCGUCGUCACGAUGGCGCUUCCACCUCUGCAUCACCUGCCAAGGUGACCACUGGUCAUCCUGCCGGCAACCUCGGCACGCUUUCCAAGCCCAUCGAUCUCGCCUCACCACCCGGGUCACCGACGCUAACCGCCGCGACCUCCAGUGCAUCCAACACCGUCGCGUCCGAUGCGACGCGUCCUUCGCACCAGCCGUCGCUGUCGCCGUCUGCCGCCGCCACUGCCAAUACCUCUGCAGCAUAUGCUGCGCAAGGAGGAGCAACAGCACCGCUACAUUCGCGGCUAAGUGAUGCGUCACCUGCGCUGCCACGACCGCCGUAUGCUGGCCCGUUGACCACGCCAAAUCGCCUGUUGCCUCCGACUCCUCUCGGAAAUGCGAGCGAGCGAUCCACCAGCGCCUCGCCCUCGAUGGCCAAGUCGAUUCACCUGCCAGCUCCCUACAAAGCGCCAAGGACGACUCAGGCCGGAGCUUCCGAAUCCUUUGCCACGGCCUAUCCGACACAGGAGACGCGCCAAAAGUAUGCUUCGCCAGCCAAAGCCUUAUCCAGCGCGUCAGGCGCCACCCUGUCCCACAAGCGCUCCUGGCAGUCUGCAGCCUCCACUGAUCUCUCCAACAAGAAGUUCCGUCCAACAGCGCCCAGCGUAUCGCCGUCGGCACAGGCUGCGACUUCCUCGCCAACACCUUUCGGCAGCUCUGUACUCGCAUCGCUACCGGUGGCUCCGAGAGCGACGCCGCCCACAACCACUGCGCCGUCCCUUAGCUCGGCGCCAUCUGACUCGCGUCCCUUGUUCACCACACCCACAUCUGGCAGAGCUGACAACACGUCGUCCAGCGUUACCGUCACCAAUAUACCCAAACCUGGCAGCUCCCUUUCGAAUCAGGCAGGUGUCGAGCCGCUCAACCUCAUACCCUCAGUCUCUGGAGCUCAGGUGGCGGCGACUGUCAAGGAUGAGUAUCUCUCUUUGCUCCACAAGGCGGAACUCAUCGACCUCGUCAAACGAUUGGAAAAGCAGCUCAUCGACCUUGUCGAGGCACCCUCAGGUUCGUCCACACUCUACCGUCAAGCUCGUAUCUAUCCCGACCAGAUCAAUGUACAGAUCGAGCGGCUCAAAGCACGUCAGCGGAUUGCCGCCUCCACCACUGCUACGGCCACAGACCUGAGCCUCAAAGAUGUCUAUUCCCUGCUCAAUGCGACGUCUCGUCCAGCUGGCAGCGUCAUCUCACGCGCUCCAACAACCACCUCUGCGCUCACCGGACGGCCCGCAUACACGCCUCCGACUGGACCCCGCCGCACCCUUCCCUUGACACCGACUGCAACCCGUGCUUUGGGCACCGCCGGGCAAAAAGUGGCGACUGGCAAGGAUACGACGCAAAACGCAUCGCUUUCCCAUCUCAUCAGCUCAAUCACAGCCAUGGCCCGACAACAGAAUCAGCCAGCACGCGGUCCCAACGGUGCACCUCUUCCACCACCUCAGACUGCAUCCACCAGCUCGACGCCUCAAUCUGCAGUCGGUCCGGGCAGCAAGCCACCUCAGAUCACACCGGCCGCACUGCGCAGCAUCGUCGGAGAUGGACCCAUGCCUUCGAAUGCUGCAUUGGCCGCGGCUAUCGCUGCCCACUUUGGCGGUAGUCUCCCUGCCAACGCUCAUGCAGCACCGCGUCCCGCAGCUGCAGCUGCAUCGGUUUCCUCAUCGCCAGCUCCGACACCGUCGUCAGUGGCAGCCCAAAGUGUUGCAGCGCGCGCGGGUUUGACCGCUCCGACCGCGUCCGCCGCAGCCGCUCGCACCUCUUCAGCUCCUGCACCAGCGUCCAGCCCGAGCAAAGACAUCUCGGACAAGAUUGCUGCCAUUCUGGGCUCGUCCGCGUCCUCGCAAACCCCCAUGCUCGGUCCCCAAGGACUGCCUCUCGCACCUGCUGCAGCUGGCUCGGGCUCCGGCCCUGGCUCGAGUGCAGUACCGCUCGGCAAUAUUGCCGCUAUGCUGUCAACCUAUGCUGGACAAGCGGGUCCUUCGUCAGCCUCGGCUGGCUCUCCCGAUGCAAAUGCUCGAACAGGUACUCCAGCAACCCAGAACCAAGGAGGGGCACUCUCGAGCUUGUUGCAGCAGCUCGAAGAAGCAAAGAAGCAGCUGCCUUCUCCGGCGGUGGCCUCAUCCAACGCCGGCAGCGUCUCAUCCGCACCACGACCGACGCCAACCUCGGCGUUGCCCUUUAGAGUCAAUGAUCCAGUCGCGAUCCUCACUGGAGCGAGCGCCAACCCCAUCUUCACUCCCACCUACGGAGCCGGCUCUUACGCGCCGGCUUCGCCUAUUACUGGCAGCUAUCGUACGGCAUCGUGGUCGCCGGAUCCCCAACCUGUUAUCGUCCAGGGUCCACUUGGUACCAGCACGCUGCCUUCGUACGAGGACAUGAUCGUCGAGGGUCUGCGCGUCAUGGGCUCAUCACCACCGCGCACACUGUUCAACUGGAUGCAGGAUACCUAUCCGCUCAUGAAGAAGUUCCGUCCGUCUGCGCACCAGGCGCUGCAGAAGGCGUUCAAACGCGGAAGGCUUCUCAAGACAGGCAGCCUCUACCGCAUCAAUCCGUCUUGGUCCGAGCCCGGCGAUUCGAGGAAACCGACGCGAAGACCUCAGGUGGGUCAGGAUCAUCCCAUGGUCAGACCUGGUCUCAACGGCGAGGUGCUGGCCGUCAGCCCACACAAGGACAGUCAGGCUUAUCGCAAUGUAGGCGAUUCAGGUCUCCGCAUGUCCAAAGGCCUGCGAACGGGUCCUCGACCGUACGGACAGCCAGGUGCAGCGCCGCUGGCCAAUCCUGCAAGCACCAUUUUCCCGAGCGGUUCAGCCACCGAGAUCCUGCUCGAAUACCAGAAGCGCAUCGGCAAAAAGAUCGAGCCGGAUUCGGUCAGAUACCUGUACCAGCUUAUCCGCUCUGGUCCCAGCGACGGUUCGAUGGAAGAGAUGCUGGCCCACAUGCUCACCCAGACGGGCUACCACGAUGCCGCUGCCGAGGCUACCGCCGCUGCGGCCGCCCAGACAGCUGCUGCCACCGCCGCCGGCAUGCCGACUUCCAUGUCGCCCUAUGCUCGACCGAACACGGGCGUGCCGUACAUGGCGACAGGCUUCUCUUCGCCGUCAUCCAUGUUCGCACGCACAGGCGCCCCUGCCAGUGUUGGCAGUGCAGCAGAUCGACGCGGACUGCCGCCGGCCUCGGCUGCGAGAGGUCCUACGUCGCUUCCUCUGCACAGCACGAGCGAGCCCUCGAUGAUGCAGCAGCUUGCGACGAUGCUCAGCGAUACAAGCAAUCGAUUCAACCCGGCACUGGCCAGCUCGAUCCUUGGUCAGCUGAGCAGCAAUGCAGCUGCUCAAGCAGCUGCCAGGGCGGCCGACAUGUCAGGCAUGACCACUGGACCACCGCUCCCUCCUGCUCCAUCGCGUACUGUGGCACCACAUCCCUCUGCGCCCACGCCGUCCGCAUCAUCGCAGCUGGCGUCUGCGCUGUCGAGCCUGGCUGGUCAGACACCGCAACACGACUUGGACUCGGCGGUGUCCGAAACGCUCGCGGCCGCGCUGCAGCAGAUCGGCGCAGGUCCAACUGCCGAAGCGAUCGCAGCGGAAGAAAGUGCCAAAGAGGCGGCGCCUACGGACGAGGUGGCAGGAGCUGCGAAGGCGACGCAAGCUUCGGAGCCAGCUGCGACCGAAGCAGUGGCAAUCGCAGCUUCGGGCGAAGGCGAAGAGGGCAUCGAUCUGGCCGAAUACGAGGACGCGAUCCGUGCGCUCACGUCCGCUUUCGGAAAUGCGGACGACGAUGCCGACUCGGACGAAUCCGACGUGGAAGCAGACGAACGCGCGAUCGCAGCGGCUGAGGCCGAACCGGAUUCGGUGGUGGAAGAGCCGCCAUCUGAGGCCGCCGCCGCUGAAGCAAGCCAAACAGAUGGCAAGCCGGACGGCGCAGGCGAGGCGGAAGAAGGCGAAGCGGAGGAGGACGAGGAGGAUGGUGCAGAAGAGGAAGAGCAGAUGGAUCUCACAGAUGUGCUGCGACAGCUCACGGCGUCGUUGCAGGCUCAUCAGGAAGCCGUUCCCGAAUCUCAGGAUCACGUUCAGAGCAAGGAUCAGGACGAUGGAGCAGCUGCCGAAGGUCAGCAAGCACCCGCAGAGGAUUCUCACGCCGACAGUAGGCAGGCGGAGGAGGAUAUGGAUGUCGAUCCGGCUGCAGAAGAGCAACGUGAUACCAACGUCGAGUCUGCCGAAGAUGACGCCGGCGCACAGGAUGCAGGCUCCAUUCAAGCUCAAUUGGAGGCGCUGGUGGCCAGUCUUGCCGCCAACGCAGGCAAUGCCGACGAGGACGGCGAAGACGAAGAUGAGGAUGGCGACGACGACGACGACGAUGGUGCAGAGGAGAACGCGGGCGUGGAUUGA